AUGUUAUCAGUGAAACUAAACCUUGGAUUUGUUUUCAAGUGUUUUCGUCUUUCUUAUAGUAUGGAUGAUAAUAAUAAUGAUGCUCCAUUAGAAACUUCAUUUAAGGAAUUUAAGAAAAAGAAAAUAUAUCUAACAGAAAACCUUAAAAGUGUUUAUCAAGACGGUAUUCAAUCGUUAAAACGUAAACAAAAUCGCAAGAGUGACCCCAGAUUUGAUCCUAGAGUUAAUGGUAUUUGUCAUGUUGAUGAUUGGGAAUUUUUAGAAGAUGAAAGAGCGAAAACUUUAAAAAAACUGAGAAAGAUGCUGCGUCAAAAUUUAGACUCGGACAAACGUAAGGAAGUGACGGAUGCGUUACAUUUGGUAAGACAGCGAAUAGCUACGGCAAAAGAUAGAAAAUUCCGUAAGCAAUUCAUGGAUAAACUGCAGAAGGAACAAAUUGAAAACUUGGAAUCAGGGAGAUCUGUUCGUUUUAUUCCUCGAGCGGAGCUCCGUAAACUCGUUCAGAAUGAACGUCUGGCACAAAUGAGCAAACGGCAAAAAGAGCGGUAUUUGAAUAGGAAAAAAAGAAGAUUUACUUUGGAUGAUGGAUAA